UUCGUUUUUCACCCCCCGCCCCCCCCCCGUUCUCUCCUCGCCCCCGGGCCAAGACUCGGCUCCUUGUGUUCGUUUCAUUGUUUGCUUUUACUUCUCCUUUGCCAAUUCCUCCGCCGCCUUCCCGAGUCUCCGUCCUCCCCCCGUCUCAUCCCUUCGCCCCCUCCCCCGUCCUCUCUCGCCUUCCUUUCUUCCCAGAGAGGCCGAGAACAAGAGGACCCCCCCGCUCAGCCCCCCAUUUCUCAGCUCCCCCCACUGCUCAGCCCCCCCACUGCUCAGCCUCCCCGCUCAGCCCCCCCCAUUUCUCAGCUCCCCCCCACUGCUCAGCCCCCCUCCCUAUCUCUCCCUCCCCCCGCCCCCAGCUGCUGGACCUACACACAUCCAGCCCCGAUCCUCGCCCGGGAUUUGGCUUUUCAAUCGGUCCUCCCGGAAAAUCGGAUUCCCCCCCCCCGUCCUCGGCGCUGAUCCGACCCCACUCGGGGUGGGAGGCUGUGGGGUGCGGGCCGGCGGCUGGAGAGCGCAGCCCCACGGCCGCCCGGCCCUGCAGCGGGGGAGCCCGCGGCGCUGGAAGAAUGGUCACCCAGAUAAUCAGCACCAUGGAGACCCAGGUGUCCAACGGCCCCACCAGUAACAGCGGCCUCCCCAACGGGCCGCCCCUGAGCGCCAACGGGGCGGCCGACGACAGCAAAACCAACCUCAUCGUCAACUACCUGCCCCAGAACAUGACGCAGGAGGAAUUCAAGAGCCUCUUCGGCAGCAUCGGGGAGAUCGAGUCCUGCAAGCUGGUGCGGGACAAGAUCACAGGGCAGAGUUUAGGUUACGGGUUCGUGAAUUACGUGGACCCGAAUGACGCGGACAAAGCGAUUAACACCCUGAACGGGCUGAAACUGCAGAUGAAAACCAUCAAGGUCUCCUACGCCCGGCCCAGCUCGGCCUCCAUCCGCGACGCCAACCUGUACGUGAGCGGCCUGCCCAAGAGCAUGAGCCAGAAGGAGAUGGAGCAGCUCUUCUCGCAGUACGGCCGCAUCAUCACCUCCCGCAUCCUGGUGGACCAGGUCACAGGUGUCUCCAGAGGGGUGGGCUUCAUCCGCUUUGACAAGAGGAUAGAGGCGGAGGAGGCCAUCAAGGGGCUGAACGGGCAGAAGCCGCUGGGCGCCAGCGAGCCCAUCACCGUCAAGUUCGCCAACAACCCCAGCCAGAAGACGGGCCAGGCGCUGCUCAGCCACUUGUACCAGACCACGGCGCGGCGCUACACGGGGCCGCUGCACCAUCAGACCCAGCGCUUCAGGCUGGACAAUUUGCUAAACAUGGCCUACGGCGUUAAGAGUCCUCUGUCCUUAAUCUCCAGGUUCUCGCCCAUCACCAUCGACAGCAUGACCAGCCUGGCGGGCGUCAACCUGACGGGGGCCUCCAGUGGCGGCUGGUGCAUCUUCGUCUACAACCUGUCGCCGGAGGCGGACGAGAGCGUCCUGUGGCAGCUCUUCGGGCCCUUCGGCGCCGUCACCAACGUCAAAGUGAUCCGCGACUUCGCCACCAACAAGUGCAAGGGCUUCGGCUUCGUCACCAUGACCAACUACGAGGAGGCGGCCAUGGCCAUCGCCAGCCUCAACGGGUACCGGCUGGGCGACCGCAUCCUGCAGGUCUCCUUCAAGACCAGCAAGCAGCACAAGGCCUGAGCCGGGGCCCGAGCCGAGGGCAGGAGAGAGGAGCCGUGGCAGAGACUGGGCAGCCCCCCCCCCGACACCCCGACCUGAUGGAAAGAGAGACAACCCCACCCAGAAUCUCCCGCCCCGUGGCAGGCACCAGCCCCCCACCCCGUGGCGGGCACUGUCUCCCCAGCCCCACAGUGGGCUCUGUCCUCCCCAACUCCAUGGCGGGCACCGUCUUCAGCCCGAUGGCGAGCGAUGGCCCCGAGCCCCGUGGCGGGCACCUUCUCCCCCCCAGCCCCAUGGCGAGCGACCCCCAGAUGGCGCGCGAUGCCCCCGUGGGGGAGCGGAAGGAACCGAACGCCUCGCAGCCUUGGUGAGGAGGAAUAUGCCACCGCGGGAGCCGUGACCAGACAGCGAGGGGGUGCCGGGGUCUCACCCCGCCCGCAGGCGAGGCAAACGUAAGCCUGACCCCCCCCACAACUGUGCCCCACGGCGUCGCGAGGACCCCAGCGGGGCAGGAGAGGGGACCCUCCAUUAUGGGUUGAAUUCCAAUGUCCCCUCUGUUUUGGGGGUGCCCCUGGCCCUCCCCCCACAUCCUGGCUCCCCGACAGCCAUCCUGAGGUUCCCCCCAACAUUGUCCCCCCAUCUCUCCCCCUGGGAUUCCCCCCAACCCAACUUUGCGGGGGGGGGGGAUUCCCGGCGGGGCUCUCCGCUGUGAUCAGCGAGCGCCUCUGGGCUGGGGGGGCAGAUGGGUGAGAUGUUAUCGGGGGCAGGGGUUGCUAUUUCCAAUCAGUGCUGGUCGGGGGGCGGGGUGGGGAGGGGAUGGGCUGCUGCUGUUGAGUUGCUGGGGGGAAAUGCUCCCCUGAGCCCCCACCCCCUGAGGCCGACUGUACUGAGCCAACCAGGGCCCCAAGCCCCCCGGCUGUGGGGCUGCCCCGGAGGCAAUGGGGGACUGGGGCUCUGAAACUAACCAGGAUCCAUCCAGGAGCACGGUGGGGGGGGGGGGCAGAGGGAUGUGACGGCACUGGCUGGAGGCACCCCAAGAUCUGCCCUCCCCUUCGCCAUCAGAACAGGGGGUCCCAGCCUGGCUGUCGGGGAAGGGCCGUGGGGCACGUUCUCACUAUGUCGCCGUGGUGCUGUCAGCCAUUGCAAAGCCGACUCCUGGUUUCACCCGACCGGGGCGGGCUCAGGGGCGGACUCGGGGAUCGGCGCUGGGGACUGUGCCGGGGAGCCUUGGCUCCAGUGACUUGGUCCUGCCGACAGCCCCGAUCCUGGCAAGGCCUGUGUGUGUGUGUGGGGGGGUGACUGUGUCUUUAAAAUCCAGGCAUGUGUCUCUUCCAGCCCCACAGAGCCAGAUCGUCCAAAGGAUCCAGUGGGGGCUUGGAUAAACCCUGCCCACUUGGUGUGAAGGCCACACCCAUUCUGUGAAGGCCACACCCACUUGGUGGGUAGGCCACGCCCACUCAGUGUGGCGCUCUGUCUCCCUCUAGUGGUGGCUGGAUCACACACAGAGGAGGAGCCUACGCCGACUUGGCUAACAGAGCUGGGGGGAGGGAGGGGUGGUAGCAGCCCAUGUUUACAAUGCAAGGACCCGGUUCAGGGCCCACAGCGGAUACCCCCCCCCACUCCAUGGGCUCGAAAACCCACUUGGCUCUGACAGCAUCCGUGCGUCCUCCCUUUGCUCCUGGCGCCGUUCACCGCGCUGCAUGCUCGUUCCCUGGGGGCUGGCGUUUCCGGUGGCCGUGGGGAGAAGCCCACCCAUGGGUGGCUCACGCCUGCGUCGGCUGCUGGUAAUUCCCGCAGUCCGGGAGGAGCGACUGGGCUGUCGUAUCAGCUGUUCGGGUUAGGGGGUCGCGACUCGCUGCAGAGCGGCGCCUGGCGGGGGAUGUCAGUGGGAGUUCGGUCCGUAGCUUCAGUGCCUUUGAGGAUCUGGGAUUAGGCGCUUCCCUUUAGGUGCCUAAGCCCCUUUGACACCCUUGGCGGCGCUGAGCCGUAGCGGCCUGCGUCUCAUUGAAAUGUCGGCUGCUGAAUUGGUUUAGAAAUUGGAUCCCUCCUUGUUCCCUGCACCCCCUAAAGAGCCCCGAUCCCCAUGCAGCAUUAACCCUUUCCCUGCUGCAGCCCCACCCCGCCACGCAGUCUUCAGAUUGUGCCUGCUUUCUUUCCAAAACCGCCCCGAGCAAAACGGGGAAGGGGGGGGCGAGGCACAAAGGGAUAUUUAAAUAAAUGGAUUAAACCCAUUUGAAAAGCAAGAGAAAGUUACCCGCCUCCCCAACCUCCCCUCCCAGCCCCGUGUUAAUUUAUUUCCUUGAGAAUGGUUGUUUUUUUUGUUGCCAAAAAGGGGUGGAGUGAGGGGGAAAGGGGCAGGGCUUCCUCUCUCAGCUCGUGAACGAACAAAUGAAAUAAAAUAAAUAAUAAUAAUAAUAAUAAUAAUAAUAGAAAAGGCUGAAAACAGAAAUAAUAAAAAACCAACAAAAAAAUGGGAAAAAAAAUCUAUUUUUAUAAAAAAGGGAAAAAAACCAACCUCGCUGGGAAUUUUUACUGGGAUUCUUGAACUUCACACACACACACACCACACACACGCACAUUCACACACACACACACACCACACACACACACAGAGCAAACUAAAAAUAAGAGAAAAUUCUUUUUUGUUUUUAACAAAGAGGUUCUGUGAUUGCCCAGCUCAGGGCCGACAAAUGGAAAUGGUUGUUUUCUUUCUUUGGGUUUCUUUUCAGAAGGGGGGGGGCCGUGAGCACUCACGAUUGUUACCAAGGAUAUUUUUUUAUUUAACAUUUUACGACAAAAAAACAAAAAAACAAAAAACCAAAAAAACCAAAAAACAAAACAACAACAAAAAUAAAACCUAGCAGAGAAAAGCAAGGAACAAAAAUUAAAAGAGGAUUUAAAAAAUGCCCCAAACUAACCAGAAACACAACUGAUUUUAUCCAGGGAAACAUGCUUCAUAUUGACAUUACUUUCAUUUACACCCAAUUCCAUAUUUUUGAAAAAGAGCCGUGAUUUCCUCCUUCCCCUUGUUUUUGGGGUGAAAAACUUUGGCAGCGUGUGAACAUUUCUUAUUGAUUUAUUGUCCAUAUCAUAGUCAUGCCUGGGAGCUCCAGGCUUGGAUCAAUCUCGUUGCAAAAGGCACGGACACAAAGAAUAAACCAGUCGAUGGAAGUGGCACAAAAGCAUUUCUGCUGAUCCAAGGGGAGGAUGGAUAAAACAACCCCCAACCCUGAACAGAAAUACAGGAGUGAGUCACUUCUUGUCUCAGAAAAGCAUUUGACUGGGUCGAGAGGAGGAUCAGUUUCGGGGCAUCUCACGUGCCCAUCGGUUCACAGGCCUUGAUAGAUUCAUAAAGUUUCAGAGACCAUUGGAUUGUCUAGUCCAGCGGUUCUCAAACUCUGGGUUGGGACCCAAAAGUGGGUCGCAACCCCAUUUUCAUGGGGUCACCAGGGCUGGCUUAGACUUGCUGGGGCCCCACCACCCAAGGCCGAGCCGGAGGGUUUCAGCCCUGCGUGUUGGGACUCAGGUUACAGGCUCCCCACCUGGGACUUCACCUUUGUCCUGCUCUCCCUUCCCUCCCCCACCCGGGUCCGUGGGGCUCGGGCAGGCUCAGGCCUCGGUCCCCCCUCCUUGGGUUGUGUAGUCAUUUUUAUUGUCAGAAGGGGAUUGCGAUGCAGUGAAGUUUGAGACCCCUGCUCUAGUCCCACGGGCUGUAUCGACCAGGCCAGAGAAUUCCAGCUGGCGGUUCGCCGAGCCAACCCAUAUCUUGUGGUUGAACUAGAGCGGCGCAUUUCGAAGAACAACUCCCCCAUCUGGAUGUAAACUCUCCACGCUGCUGCACAGCCUGUCUUGCUCGGCGGGAGGCUGCUCCAGGGGGUCACCCCUCUCGCUGGGCAAACUCGGCACUGCUCUUUCCACUCUGAAGUUGUCUGGCUUGGAAGCUGGGUCUCCCUUUGCCCUGUGGCAUCAGCCCUCGUUCCCCAGCUUCGGGGACUGACAGGCGGUGGUCAAACUGCUGCCUAAGCUUCUCGUCCAUCAGCAACAUUGAUUUGAGCUUUCCCAUGUCCUAGCCUAAAGGCAAGCGUCCAGAACUGCUCUCAGAGCCCUUCUGUGAACCUGCCCCAGUUUUUCCAACAGAGGAAUGCCAAAGCCAUCAUGGUGGCAAGCUACAGGUUCUAUCACAGUGCCCCAGCCUGAGAUGCCAGGCUCCAGCUACGAGACAGGACCUCACCCACCUUGUCUCUCUAAUACCACGAGGACACCACGGUAGCACCAUGCCCGUAGCAUGGCCUACCAUGAUGCCCUGGCUGUGAGCUCACCUGGAAACACAAUAUCCAUAGCCUCCUCCUUCAUGACUCAUGUGUCCUCCCCUGAAACGUUGGCCUCAGCGGUGCCUCAUCAAGAGAAAGCGAGCCCCGUGUACCCCCACCACAACACCCACGGCCAUGCUACGAAACUGAUCCACCUAGGAGACCCACAUCUUUGCACCAGCCCUCCCCCGACGGGGAGAUGCUACUUUAUUUCAAGCCAUAGGAUAAUCAUGGGGGAUUUUUUGUUUAAGACGUCACUGUCCAAAAACUGGAGUUUUAAGAUUUUCAGCUAAAAAUGUCUUGUUUUUUUGGCCAAUAUUUGGCUAACAAAUUUCUAGUCACUGGCUGAAUUUUGUUGCUGUUUUAGUUUUCUGCAGGAAAUUUUCUAGGUUUUGGGCCAGAUUUUUCCAUUUUUUUGGCCAAAAAUUUACCAGGGUUAGGGAGAUUUGGGCCAAAAUAUUUUGGAAAAUUUGGGUCAUUUUUUCCCUUUUUCAUCAGUUUUCCCCCCACUAGUUUUCAGCAAUUUUCAGCCAAAGUUUUUUCAGUUUUUGCCCUUUUUAUUUUAUUUUUUUAAUUUUUGGUUAAAAAUGUACCAGUUGUUAACCGCCCAAUCCCCCCAGUUUUGAGAUUUUUUUAACCCAUUUUUUUCCAUUUUCAUUGGGUUUUAGUCAAAUUUUCUCAUUUUCAGCCAUGUUAGGCCAUUUUCCCCUUAUUUUGGGGAAGUUUUUGGCCAAAAAAAUGUAUCAGUAUUUGGCCAAAAUAAAUUUCCGUUUUUGGUAAUUUUCAGCCACCAUUUUUCAGUUUUCUGCUGCCAAAUACUCAAGUUUUUUGGUUUUCCAACUAAAAAUCUACAUUUUCCAACAGGGGGGGGGGGGAAAGAAACCCCCUUUUCUCCCACCAGCUCUAAUUUAACCACUGCCUCUGAUGGGAGCCAAUUUCCCCCAAUGCUGAUCGCUUGUAGCAGAGCUCUACCCUCGGUUAAUUUCUUUUAAGGAUGUUUCGUUUAAAGGGGCAGUUUCCUGGAUUUCUGUUGAAAAACCACUUUCAACUCCUUGAAGUCCAGCCAUUUCUGAGAAAAUAUCUUCCAGUGUCUCAUGUCUAAGCUAAAAUCUAUAAAGAAUAAAUCUUUCAGGAGUCCUGACAGACUUUUUAAACAAUCAUUCUUUUUGCUCUGUACGCUUCUUUGGUUUGUAGCAGUGUAGAGCAGGACGAGUAAUGGAAGGGAACUAUCCUUAGAGGGGUGUUACUAACUCACUGGUCUGAUUUCCUUUUCUAUUCCGCCCCUCCAAGAGCGAGCAGAAAUUAAGUUGAUUUAAACGAAAUCCCAAACCUUAAAAAGGGGGAAACUCAAUUGCCAAGGCAUGUCAUGGCGUUUCACAUUACAAAUCACAUCCCAAACAACACACAUCCGCUACUUUUUGAUUUAGGUUUUCUUUCUUUUUUUUUUUUAAAUUUGAUUUUCAAUUUUUGGUUUGACAAAAACGAGACCAAUUCUUUCACUUUAGAAAACAAACGGGAAAAACAACAACGUAAAAAAGAGAACGUAAUGAUAAUUAAACCUUUUAGCAUUAGUUGAGUUUUAAUUGUUUAAAUGAUUUAGAAGUUAGUUUAGGAUUUCUUGAUUUUUGAAGAUAAAUGUGUUCUGUGUUUGUAAGAUCUGUGAGAGCUUCUGUUUGCGAAAAAACAUAGAAAAAUGACAAAAAAAAAAAUUAACUGGCACCAUUAACUUGUAUCUUUUUGCGGAUUUUAGCUUCUUGUAGUUUUAACUUAUUGUUAACUUAAAUA